AUGGGCGAUAGCGACAGUGAUUCUUACGACCCGGCAGAGAACAGCAACACGAAGGCUGUGCAGAAUGUGGUUAAUCACCCGUAUUUUUCGGCUACAGUGACUGGAAAAGACAGUACCAGCAGUGUUUCUGCACCCUUGUCGCUGCCUUCCUUAGCUCACCAGGUAGAAACAGAGACAAGAAACGACCCUACAACAGCACCGUCUGUCACAGCAGAUUUGAAAGCUUCUUUGACGUCAUUGGGCUAUGUUCUUCACGGGGCAUCGGGUCGGGUUCGUUCCGUCUGCCUUAACCCCUCAGGUUCCAUACUAUGCAGUGGUGCGGAGGGAGGCUCUGUUUGUAUGUGGGAUUUUACAAUUCCGAUGGAAAGCCGUGCUGUAAAGCCUACACGUGUUCUUACUCCAUUUCCUAACCGCAUCUCUGGAUUUCAACCUGUUGUAUCUGUGCAUUCGUCUAGUGAUGGAUCUUUUUUUGUUGCUUGUCAAGAUGGCGACUCACCGGUUUUGAUUGCUGCAUCUGGAAAACAGCUGGGAUACUGCGCUAUGGGGCAGCGUGGCAUGGUGGAUGUUCUCCAGUGUAAGGGCCACAGAGCACCCGUAACCUGCUCCGCGGCGUCUCCAACGGUUUCUUCACGCUUUUUUACUGGAUCACAGGAUAGCACGGCCCGUAUGUGGGAUGCGGCAUCGUUUGACCGACAUUCUGUCUACGCAGUUAAACACGGUUCUGGUCAACUGUUAGAGAAUGUUGUUGUGGAAGCUGUUGCACCUAUUCUGAGCAUCAAUAAUGACAAGAAGUCCGUGUUUUCUACCGGUGGGGAGGAUGGGCUGGUGCAGUUGUGGGAUUCGCGUCAAAAGUAUCGACCUGGGGGUGCAAUUGGUGCACUGGACUUGUACAGCAGCAAGUCAGGUGUUGCAUCAAAAUCCAAAGUUACAAAUAGAGAGAUAUUGUUUGAGGAGAAACAUGUGGGUGGCAUGGUGGAGCCAGACACGUCCCGUCCCAUUCUGUGUGUGCGGUGUGGCUCUGAAGUGCGUAUGGUGGAUCUUCGAAAAAUGGGGAAUAACGGCGUCAUUGAAGACGUUUGUCCACCACUUGAAGGCCUUCCAUGUGCCACAGAUACAACACCACUGGUGGCGUGCACAGGUGUCCUCUUCUCGCAGGGAAAACCGUCCUUUAUGACGUGUACUAGCCGAGCAGGCUACCGACAUGUUGCAGGGGGUCACGUGGUACAGUUUACAUACAUGGAUGGGAGAUAUGAGCCCACCAUGGUGUGGAGACCUGCAGCCCCGGAGGACGACGUUCUCUCACUUGCUGUUGAUGUGAAACAUGGACAACUUUUUGCAGGAAUGCAGACUGGCAAUGUCGUUGGACGUGUCAAGAGGCUGGGUGUAGACAGCGCCGCUAACGGGUCAACGCUUCAAACGUGGUUCGCCACGCGACCGGAACGCGAAAGCCGUGUGGUGGGAAAAAAGUCUACACGAGAGAACACGGAUGGAGAUGAAGAAGAAGAUGAAGUGGUGUUUUGA